AUGGAUUCCUCUCUGUUGCUGAAUGCAGCAACCAGUACUAAUGCUGGCACUUUCAGUCCUGGCGAAGGCUUGUCCUCUGUCGAGGUUGCGGUAAGGCUAAAACAAGAUGGUCCAAACGAGCUGGCACCGCCUCCGAGUGAGUCGUUCCUUCACAUUCUUGUACGGCAAGUCCAGAGUGUCUUCUUCCUGCUUACAGUUAUUGCAGCCUUCGUUUCGCAUCUGUGCGGGGAUUCCCCAAGAGCAGUGCUCCUGCUGUCCGUCGUGUGCACAGUGAGCCUGGCAAACACAUUCGGUGAGUACUCUGGCCAAGAUGCUGGAAAAGCUUUGAGAAGCAUGAUCGCUCCAGAGACUCUUUGCCUGCGAGAUGGGAAGCAGUCAAAGGUCGCGGCCUCCACGCUGGUCGCAGGAGAUGUGGUAUUCUUGCAAAUGGGUGAUGUUGUGCCUGCAGAUGCAGUGCUCCUGGAGGCUGUGGAUCUCAAAGUCAAUGAAUCCAUCCUGACAGGGGAGCCAGCAGACGUGAGCAAGACCAUUGAAGCAAGUAGUGAGAGCAUGCCGCUCCGCUCGAACAUGCUCUAUAGCGCGACAUCUGUGACCUCUGGGCGUGCAAAAGCGGAAGUGCUGUACACCGGAAUGCAGACACAGGUCGGACAGAUUGCCAAGCGACUACAGGAAGGAAAGAGUUGGACGGAGAAGAGUCCACUCCUCGUCUCCGUAAACUCUCUGGGCCGCAGAUUGAGCAUUGUAGUCAUCGGCGUCGUUGUUGGCGCUACCUUGUUGGCCAUCGCAACAAAGUACCAAGAUCCUGCAAACCCAUGUCCUGCGCAUGACUUCCACUGCGCCGUCAAGACCGCACUUCUCCGUGCCAUCGUGAUGUCCGUGGCCGUUGUACCGCAUGGUUUGCCAAUGGUGUUGACCAUCAUGCUCCGAGCAAGCUCCAGCCGAAUGGCUGCAAAAGGUGGUCAGGUCAUGAAAGUAUCAGCGGUCGACUACAUCUCUGCGACGACUGUAAUUUGCACAGACAAAACUGGUACUCUCACCGAAGGACGUAUGACAGCCACGACUUUGACAGGUUUCUGCCGGGAUGGUGCUGAAAGUGCUGCAGGCGGCACCAGUAAGGAAAGCACAUUGGCAUUCUAUCCUCUUCGAGGCUUUUCACCUAACGGUGGGUUGUUCGUAGCUUCUCAGCUCACGAACGAGCACAGAGAGCGAGUGGACGCUGUUUAUGAUGUACACGUGGAGCGUCAAGAUUUGGCGGUGGCGGGUAUUCCUGAUCUUGCCAACCAUGAAUGGUCAGAGGCAAGCAUGGAUCAGCUCAUGGCAAAAGCGCAUCUGGCAUGUGCCUUCUUAAGCUGCUACCAGACAUAUCUCUACCAAGACCCAGAAACCAGGCAGUGGGCGGUCAGCGGCAACAUGACAGAGGCUGCGCUGAAGGUGGCAGCCGCAAAGGGGGGCUUUAAGGACAGCAGCAGCUCUCUGCUGAAGUCACAUCGUCGGCUCCCGGAGUUAGACAUUCCAUUCACAUCAAAGCGUAAGUUGAUGGCCAGCAUUCACGAGCUGCCAGAGAAUCGCAAGUUGGAAAGCUUGAAGUUCCCACACGAUUGCUCCCACAUUGUCAUCAUCAAAGGCGCUCCUGAAAGGCUUUUGGACGUAGCCGGAACGGUCGCUAAAUUUGCAGCCGGAGCGUUGGAGAUCCCAGGUGAAACCCUCACAGUACAUGACAAAGAUGCGCUGCUCGCAGCAAACACAAGGCUGAGCAGCAAUGGUUUGCGCAGCUUGCUCCUUCUCGUGCGACCCUUGGUUCAGAGCGAGCUGGAAUCUCUCGCAGCGUUGCGUUCAGCAGACGAACGGCUCAGUCUCAUUCUGGAACCAUCCAGGGUAUGUCCGCUAAGUCUCUGGGGCAUUCAGGACCCCCCACGCGCAUGCGUCCCGCAAAGCAUUCGGGGCUGUCACGAGGCAGGGAUUCGUGUGAUUAUGGUAACGGGUGAUCAGCAGGGAACGGCCGCUGCCAUUGGGAGACAAAUCGGUUUGUUGCAAGCGGACGACGACGAAAGCUCUGUGACUGCAAAGUGUACUGACCUUCAUGAAGUCACCCCUCUGCCAACGGUGAACAAGCGGCGGCUAUCUCGACAGGCACAAGAAGUGGUGGAGACAGCCUUCCCAAGCAGUGACAGCAGCGGGUGGAACAAGAACGUUCCGCGGCAUGGCUCCAGAAGACUGUCUGUACAUGAUCAGCGCGGACCAAUGGACCAAGAACCCGAGUUCAAGUCUGAGGAGGAUCUGAUUCGCAUCACAUCAAGAGCCAAAUGCUUCGCGCGGGCGCAGCCUUCAGACAAAGUAGCCAUAGUUGCUGCACUCCGUGCAGCAGGACAUAUUGUAGCAAUGACAGGUGACGGUGUGAACGAUGCGCCGGCAUUGAAGGCUGCGGAUGUUGGGGUUGCGAUGGGGAUCUCUGGUACGUCCGUGGCCAAGAAUUCGAGCGACCUGAUUCUGUCGGACGACAACUUCUCAACAAUAUUGCUGGCCAUUCAGGAAGGAAGGCGCAUCUUCAGUAACACGCAGAAAUACAUAAUGGUGAACUUGAGCAUGAAGUUCGCCGAGGCCACCAGUUUGUUGCUAUCUCUCUUCUUGGGAGUUAUUCCUGUUAUAAGGCCGUCGGCACAGUUGCUGAACAUGAUUGUUACGCAUGGUGCCAGCACGCUUUGCCUGGCUUUUGAACCCGCAGAAGUGCACAGCACGAAAGUCCCACCAAGAGAAGUAAACGGCAUGCUCCUCACUCGACGCCAUGUCAUGUGGCGGAUGGUCCCGUUCAUCGUGUGUCUCCCGACGGUGGCCUAUAUUUCCCUGCUGCUUGGUACUUUCGGAGCUACGGGCUUUGUGCGAAAUCGAGACCUGCUUGGAGGUGCAGUCGCAUCUGAUUUGGCCAACGGUCAAGCAGCAUGUGAGCGUGCAGGCUGGGAAGACGAGACCGGUCAGCAUCAGGAAGACGCACGCCCCUUCCAUUGCCGAUGUGUGGUGUACUCCGACCCAUCCGCGUUACAAACUCAUGUUGUGGAGCAUUGGGGAACAACGCGACACGUAGCAUCAAUGGACAUGUCUCGGAAUGUGUGGGAUCUUUCAUUGGACAAUCACGACUGGGAGGGAAACGCCUCGAAUUUAGUCGGUCCGUGCAGGAAAAAUCCACACCUGUGGUGCUGGCACCUUAGUCUUCCCAGGUCUCAGCGGCCCGUCAUACCUCCUGGACUAGGCUGUGUGGAUUAUGGCAUGAGGAUUGGGCAGACCAUGUCUUUUGUCACCAUCAUGUUUGGCGAGGUCUUAAGCAUCAUGUGCUUCAGGACAGAACGAUUCAUUCUAAGAGCGCUUCUUGACAAUCCGUGGUACAACUUGACGCUGGUGUGCAAUGUUUUGGUGAUGUUUACGCUCAUUUAUAUGCCGGCUCUUGCAGAUGCCCUCCAGUUUGUUCCACUGACGCCGAGCAGACUCUCUGUUGCAAUCGCUUGCUCCGUCGUGCUGGCUGUUCUCCACGAGCUGGCCAAAGCAGGUUAUCGAGCUCGCCAAGAGCCAAUAAAUGCAGCUUUGCGGAAGAAGGCUUUGGUACUUUCUGGUGCCAGGCGAGCAAGCUUUCAGGAACAAGUCUAG